UGCAUAUAUAGUCGGUAUUCAAUAAGACUGCGUGAAAGUGUAAGUAACUUUCGUUUGUUUGCCGGACAUCGCAUGAGAAAGAUUCAAAAGUGAGUUUCAUCUCGGAAAUAAAAUGAAACCGAUAAAUUAUCUCUGCCUGAUACUGCCGAUUAUAACUUUCGCCUCGAUUGUCGAAGGCCGUUCUUAUCCCGAAAGUGUUUCACCAUUGCACAGGCGAUUGGCCCGCAACGAAGUUUACGCCGUCAACGCAUUGACCUACGACGACAUCCCCGACGGUUUGCGAUCAGAAUUCUCCGAUGACGACGUAAAUGACACGGUCGAAGAAGUCCAAAGACUCCUUGCCGAAGAUCCUUCAUUGCCCCGAUUAACAAGAACGGAAAUUCUAGCACUGUUUGAUAAUGUCACACGUGCUGAAAAAGUGGAGAAGCAAGUUGUACCAACUACAAAAAUUGAUUUAGUUCCUACAACGGCAAUUCCUACUUUUGAAAACCUGGAUAAACGUGGAACGGUCCACAAAAAACUUGAUAAAUUGACCGAAUAUCCCAAGAAUGAUGAUAGUGACGAAAAGAUUAUUUUGGAAACAUUCGGAAUUGUUGAUAGAAAUAUCAAGAAGACUAAUAAAAAAGUGAAUGAGGCGAAUACACGCGUAGUGCUAUUAGACGAGAAUAAAAAUAACGAUAACAUUUCACAUGAUGAAGUAACAUCUAUUCCUGAAACUACAGAUAAUAAAGGCGUAUACGUUGUUUUACCAGACAGUACAAAACCGACUGAGCAAUCUACCUCUGCAUAUGUUCAGAAUAGUAACGAUUUUGAAAGUUAUGAGAGUCAUAACGAAGAAUUGAAUCCUGUCAAUAGCAACAGUAACAAUUAUAAUAUUCCACAAGAGUCUGAUGACUACAUCACCGAAUUUACAGAUAUUACUAAAAAUAAUGUAAAACAGACAACACCGAAACCACAAGAAGUGCCUACUACAAAUAAAGACGACCAAUUUCAUAUAGAUAUUGAAAAAUUAUCUGAUCUUACCAGCAGUUCGUUCGAGGAUAAGAAAACUAGAGAUGAACUCAAUGUUAAUGUCAAUUUAGGAAUCAGAGGCGUCAUGAAGAAUCAGGAUCAAGUUAGAAUUAUUGCACCAGCUUCUGGACGAGGAAGUAUUAGAUAUUAUGAUGCUGGCCCUGAUACUAGACAUAGUAAUCAUAAAUAUUCAGAUGAAGAUAAGUUUGAAGAUUCAACGACUAUUAGAAAUGCACCAGUAUAUGUUACUUCAACUGUGAAAUCUAAACCUCAGAUCGAAUCCACAGGCAGACCAUUUUCUGUCCCAACUAUCAACCCAGACAACUAUGUCAGAUUCAAACCAGUCUUAUAUAAAUCAAGUCCGCCCACAUCUAAGAAAACAAUUGUAGAACAUGUUGAAGAAAUUAUUACAGUAACACCGCAACCAAUAACAGAAUUGCCAAAAACAUCGUUUACCACACAAUCAUUCGAAAAAUUGAUCGUAGCCAGCGUGAGGCCAGAGACGUAUGCAAAAUUCCGACCAUUACCUAAAGUUGAUCUAAAUUUAUCUAAAGACAUGCAAAGUUUUCUUUCUGAUUUUGGCUUGCUACCAAAAUCGCCUUUAUCCCAGAAUCGUGUAAAUCGUAAACUGAUUAGUACUACUACUACUACUACUACUACUACUACUGCUCCUCGCAAGCCAACAAAUAAAAAUGUUUUCAGCCCGGCAAAUACAACAAGAAUAAGUUUGGAAAAACUAACUCAACUGUUAGAAGCUGUAAAACAAUUAGAAAAUAUCAAUACCACAUUAACUAACGAGGAUUUAGAUUCUAUAGCUGACAAAUUGGAAGCCCUAGGUAUAGGAAGUAGAGAUCGUUCUAAAUUAUCAUCAGGACCAAAUCCACUUUCUGACAGAUACAAUGUAGAUUGGAAUAAAAAUGAAAUAAAGCGCCAGCAACCUAAUAGCACCGAAGAAAUAUUUAAAGUUGAUCUAUUAAGCAAUAAUAAAUCUGGCGAUCAACUGAGCGAACAAUCUGAGAGUGAACCAAAAGUUGUCAAUUCUACGCCUACCACAACGACAACUACCACGACAACAGCAAAACCAGACCUCUUGGCAUUAGAAGAAUCAUUUGGUGCUCCUAUCGAUCCUUCGACGAUAGACGAAGAGUUGCCGCCACCAAGGAAGAAUGGAUUAUAUUUCCUUGCAGACUGGAAUUCAUUCCUUGAAGUCGGAGAGGAUGGAAAAGACAAAGUUGUAAUUAGAUUUGAUCCUAAGGUAGGCGACCCAAGCCGUUUUAUACCAGUUACGGUGCCUUGA